GUUUCGCCAUGAUGAAAUGGAUAUCGCCGCUUUUCUUUGUAAAUUGACAUAUUCCGUUAUCUUCAAAUCUCGACAUCACAUGAGUUUGGUUCCAUCAAGCUAGCGACACAGAUUGGUGAAUUAACCUAAGCUAAGAAAGGAUGGAGAAACCCCCUUUCAAACAGACUCAAGUUUGUGGACUUUGGACGAUGAAGGAGAGGCUUGGAACCGGAGGGUUUGGUCAUGUCUAUCUGUAUCAACAUCAGGAAACGUCUGAGAAAAUUGCUGUGAACUCUGUCGGCUUGAGCUCACUGUUAAAAAACAAAGACAGAUGGAGUAGGGAGAUUCAGAUCAUGAAAAAAUUGAACCACCUUAAUGUGGUGACGGCCAGGGACGUACCUGAAGAGAUGAAACACAUUGCAUUGAAUGACUUGCCUCUUUUAGCCAUGGAGUACUGUUCCAGGGGAGAUCUUCGUAAGUUGUUAAGCAAACCUGAAAAUUGCUGUGGCUUGAAAGAAAGUGAGGUGCUGUCCUUACUCAACGAUGUCGGUUCAGGAAUUCAGUAUCUCCAUGCAAACAAAAUCAUUCACAGAGAUUUAAAACCAGAGAAUAUUGUACUCCAAGACAUUAAUGGAAAGCUGGUCCACAAGAUAAUAGACCUGGGCUAUGCGAAAGAUUUGGAUCAAGGGAGCCUUUGCACAUCGUUUGUGGGCACUCUUCAGUAUCUGGCCCCAGAGCUAUUUGAGAGCAAACCGUACACAGUCACCGUGGACUACUGGAGCUUCGGCACAAUGAUCUUCGAGUGUAGCUGUGGUUUUCGUCCUUUUCUACACAACCUACAGCCUGUGCAGUGGACAAGCAAAGUGCGUAACAAGGGUCCAAAAGACAUCAUGGCUGUAGAGGACAUGAAUGGAGAAGUCCGAUUCAGCACUCAUCUUCCUUAUCCCAAUAACCUCAGCAGGACACUUUUGGAGCCCUUGGAGAGUUUGCUGCAAAUGAUGCUGAAGUGGGACCCAGUGCAGAGGGGAGGGGGAGCAAACCCUGACACUAAACAGCCACAGUGUUUUGCACUGCUUGAUCAAAUACUGAACAUGAAGGUUGUGCACAUCUUGAACAUGACCACAACUCAGGUACACUCUUUCCUGCUGAGCCCUGAGGAAGGUCUCCACUCCCUUCAGCAGAGGAUUGAGGCUGAGACAAAAAUUGAACAUCUGAAUCAAGAGCUUCUGCAGGAGACGGGAGUAAUGCUGGACCCGAGGAAACCUGCUGCUCAGUGUGUCCUGGAUGGAGUUAGAGGAUGGGACAGCUACAUUGUGUAUCUAUUUGAUAAGAGCCUAACCAAGUACUCUGGACCCUUCACUGCCAGGGCACUCCCAGAGAGUGUCAACUUUAUUGUCCGUGAGACCAAGACUCAGCUCCCCUUGAGUGCCCUUAAGAAGGUUUGGGGCGAGGCAGUGAGCUACAUCUGUGGCCUUAGAGAGGACUACAGCCGCCUUUUCCAAGGCCAAAGAGCCGCCAUGCUGAGCCUUCUCCGGUACAACACAAACCUCACCAGAUACAAGAAUCUGAUGUUUUCAUGUUCUCAGCAGUUGAAAGCCAAGCUUGACUUCUUUAAGAGUAGCAUCCAGUAUGACCUGGAGAAGUACAGUGAUCAGAUGCAGUAUGGAAUAUCCUCUGAAAAGAUGCUGAAGGCAUGGCAAGACAAUGACGAAAAGGCUGCUGCAUUUGUGCAGGUUGCGGAGGUUGGCCACCUAGAUGAAGAGAUUAUGGCUUUGCACUCAGAGAUUGUUGAACUUCAGAGAAGUCCCUAUGCCCGGCGCCAAGCAGACGUGAUGGAGCAGCUCGAGGAAAAAGCUAUUGACCUCUACAAACAACUGAAAACAAAAUGCAAAAUGAAUGACCCUCAGCAUGGCUACAGCGACAGCUCUGAGAUGGUGAAAGUCAUUGUCCAGACUGUCCAGAAUCAAGACAGGGUACUGAAAGAUCUCUAUGCACAUCUCAGCAAAAUUCUGCUGAGCAAACAGAAGAUUAUUGACUUGUUCCCCAAGAUAGAGAAAACCCUGGAGAACAUUAAGGAGGCAGACAGUACUGUCAUGCAGAUGCAGAUGAAGAGACAAAGAGAGUUCUGGCACUUACUGAAGAUUGCCUGUGCACAAAACACCACACGCAGCCACAGCACAGAGAUGUCCUCUUCUCUGUCAGCCUGGUCCCAUCCUCAGCCUUCCUGCUCACCGCGUCUGCCCAUGUCCCUGCAUGCAACACACGACAGUCUGCUUUCCAGUGAAACUGUCAACCAUCUUCUGGAGGAGAACCAGAAAUACUUAAGCCAGCUUACAAGUCUGCUGCAAGAGACAACCGAGGAGAAAUCAGAGAGUAUAAUGGAUCAAGACUGGAGCUGGACUAGAUAUGAAUCUCUGAUUGCAAAAUCACAACGUUUAUAGGUUUAUUCAUAAUAUGCUAAUGACUGGUGACCAGUUAUUCCCUGAUGUAUUAUUCAUAAGCUUCACAUGAUUGGAUUUUUUUUGGCAUAUGUUUUUUUUCAACAUUAGUAACCUGUUUAAUUCACGUUUUGCAGUGUUGUAAGAGCAUAAUGCCAUUUACAUAAUGUAUUUUUAACUGGCACAGCACCACUAACUUCAGGCAAAGCGUAUACAUACAGUUUAAAUACACAAGUAUUUAUUUAUUAUUAUAAACCAAAUUAAUCUACUAUGUAUGGGCUGAUAUUAUUUGAGGUUUUAGAGUUACUCUUUGGAUUUGAUUACUAUUGAUCAGCAGCAGCACUUUAGGGGCUCACUGUGAAUGUUUGAGCAUCAUGCCCACAGAUGUUCUGCGUUGAAAGAGAUAUGGCUUGUGAAAAUACAUUCACAGAAUAGAAACUCGACACGAAUAAGUUUGUUUGGUAUGGCAUAUGGAUAUAUGUCUGUUCAUGAAUUCCGAAGGCAUAAAAGGCCAGGGAAGACCAUUGCUGGUCUUAUUGUGGAGUGUAAGACUAAAGGUGCUAAAGUUGAUGUUAUUUCCCCCUCAAAUAAACGGAGAAGUGUCAUACAGUCAUCAAUGCAAUGUCAGGCCUGAGAGACUGCCUGGGCCACGUGAAUCUGGAGAUACAAAGACACCACAAAAUUAAUGUUAGGACUAAUGUCAGUCCUUCUGUUGUCUUUUUUUUUUAAUCACAGUAACGAUUGGUUUUCUUUCUGAUAAUCAGCUCUACACAAAAGUUUAAUAUUCAGUACAAAUGAUAGUUUGAGUUCAUUAUAUUUCUUUCAUCUUUUCAUCUGAUGUUUUAGAUACAAUCAUCUGAUGUUUUAGAGUUGAUAAACUGUCAGCUCAUCAUAAUUGAAGAAAUACACUGGUUUACUGUACAUCAUAAAUAAAGGUAAUUGUUUGCCAUA